ACAUUGUGUCCUCGAGGAUUAGGAACACACAUCUACCCCCCUCCUAUAUCUUGCAAAAAACGUGUCUAACGACACAAAUUCUUCAUCCAUUUUACCGCUAGCGGAUCUUCACGAGCGUCGCAUCUCAAAUUUCGCCCUCUAGUUUCAAUUCACGUAGCAUCGUUCAUUCCAGUCACCAAUAGCGCCCAUGUCUACUCUUCGUCCUCCUUCCAGUCCUUCACCUUCCCCUCUCAACACUGAUCAUGGUCGCUCUGCUCGCGCUUCCAUGGGCCCUCGUCAAACUCUAGCACCAGCCUCCCCUCGUCCUGGUGGAGGAAGCGGUGCUCGCCCCACAAGCGAACUACUCGGUAGCGCAACUAUGUUUCAAACACCAGAGUCAGAGGCAAUCGACCAAUGGUUUGAAAAUCUCCAAAAUUACGAAGAGACUCUUGAAGAGAUGGCUGCUGCAUCCCUGGAUGUCAAUUUCAAAGAAGAAUUAAGCGCGAUCGAGCAAUGGUUCAAGGUCCUUUCUGAAGCAGAGCGCACUGCUGCUCUUUACAGUCUUCUUCAACAAUCUACUCAAGUUCAAAUCCGAUUUUUCAUUACCGUUUUGCAGCAGAUGGCGAGAUCAGAUCCGAUGACCGCUCUCUUGAGUCCUGCUAUUGGCGGUUCGAUGCAGAGUCAGAUGGAAGCCAAGUUGGCCCAGAUGACGUUAAAGAGUCCCGCACUUAAGUCGCCUAUGCCUCCCUCUCCUCGCAUAUUCAGCGGCAGUCAGAACAGGCAGUCCCUUGCACUCGAUACCACUUCUUCUGGUUUUCUUUCCCCAGACUCAGCUGCAAUGGGAUCCGGCAAUGAUGCAGCCGCCACUCUCGCCCACCAACGCGCUAAGCUAAAGGCAAGCAAUGCAGCACACAGGAUUUCUGCGCCUAUUCUUGCGUCCGGUGGCAGUGACCCGCGUACCUCAUGGGGAUCCGCACUCAGUCAAGUUGCAGAACAAAAUAUCAACUCUCCUGCACAGGAAAUUGUUGUUCCGUCUGUUGGAAACAACUCAAGGCCCAAAAGCACUGAGUUUAGUGGCUCUCUUGGAACACCUCGCGCUGGAGUUGAGGCAUUGUCCCCCAUGGUCGGUGAUAGCUGGGCCAGCAACGUCAAUACACCCUUAAUUCCUAUGUUCUCUAAAGACACACAUUCCCACAUCGAUGCGGCGGCUGCCAAGCUCAGUGACUGGAAUUCUGGUGCACGUGUUCCCCUCAUGGCUGAUCCGAAGUCCUUCCGUCGGCCGUCAAGGAGUAACGCAAGUGCAAAUGCCCUUGCUCCCGAGACCAACGUGCAAGCAAAUAACAAUAUAUAUGACAACGAGGGCAAUCUUGUUUCUCAGCAGCCAUCCGGUCAGCGUCGGAACGUUAGCCAGGGUUCCAACGCCAACAACGCACAGCUUAACCUGGGUCAACAGCCAGGCAACUGGAACAACAGCAGGAGUCCCGCACUGCCUCAGUCGAACAGGUUCGGUGGGGAAGACGUGAACGGCUCCUUGAACGGGCUGGGCAUGAAUGGUUUCAAUAUUGGUGGACUCGGUAGCCCCGGACUCGGGAUGGGCAUGCCAAGCGCAGGGUUAUUGGCGGGCAUGAACCCCAUGCAGAUGAACAUGUUGAACCUACAAGCUCAGAUGAGCGCUAUGGGGAUGGGUUCAAUGACGCCCGAGGCGCAGCUUCUUGCAGCGCAAAUGGCUGCUGGAUUCCCGCAGAACUGGCUAGGCAUUCAACAAGCUGCUGCUAUGCAGCAGAGCAACAACAACAGUAGUAAUAAUAGCAGCAGAAGCCGUGGAGGGGGACGAUCUCCUGGACUUCCGAAGACCGGUUCUUCUGGUGGAAAUAGCGCAAGUAGUGCAGCGAAGAAGGAUGAUGAAGACGUUGACCCCGCGUUGCUUCACGAUAUCCCGGCUUGGCUCAGGAGCCUGAGGCUGCACAAGUAUACGCCUAACUUUGAGAAGAUGAAGUGGCAAGACAUGGUCGUGCUCGACGAGGCGGGCCUGGAGGCCAAAGGUGUUGCCGCUCUCGGCGCAAGGAGGAAGAUGUUGAAGACAUUCGAGAUUGUCCGGAAGAAGAUGGGCAUCGAAGCUCCAGCUGGUUCUUCCAAUAACUCGGGUGGAGAAGAGUCUUGAAAUGGGGGAGAUCGAGGCAUGCUUACCCCAGUUGGCUAAAUCUUCGCUGCUGUUGAUUAUGAUUCUAUCGAUUUGUAUGUGUUGACUCAAUUUCGGUUUACCAAUAGCCACCGCUCAUAUAUGGACGAAAAUUGGCUAGUCGUUAUGCUUUCUCGUUACUGUAGUUCUCCUGUACUCGCGUACAAUCAAUGGUCCGCUUGUUCAUGCGAUAGAUACCCUGUUUUCGGUAGUCUAACUUUGGGCGCACUGUAUCUACGACCUCUGGCAUUAUUAUCUCACUAAUAAGUUAUUCUUGAAGGGCAUGGCAUCGUUUUGUCUUGGCUCCUCUCAUUUACUAAGCCAAUUAGGUACAGCCUGACACAUCAUAUUAUGUGCUUUUCGCGUCAUCC